GCAACCAAGGAAAAUGUGGGCGGAGAUUUCCUGAAUCCUGAGCGUUCAACAAUAUUCCAAGGUAGUGGUGUUCACUCUCGGUCUAUAGGCAAGUCGGAAGAUAUAGCCCGAGGUAUUUCUUUGUUUCACAAUGCAUUCUUGGUACUGAUGGCCAAACAGAGCUCAAACCUUGCGGCGUUGCCGAGAGCGGAGGUCUGUGCCUACUGGGUGCUCUCUUUUGGCUCCCAUCUCUACUCAUUCUAUCAACUGCACAUAUUCUCCAAAGAGCAUGAAGCAGGAUUGGAGAGACAGUUCCAACUGGAGAAAGGCUUUCUAAUAUGGGGGCAUAAAAAGGACCCUACAGACUUUGAGUGGAGUUUCUGGAGUCACUGGGCUAGAAAGUCUUUGCUGUGGACUUUGUUGGGCCAUGCCGUGGUCUCCAGACUAGCCAGCUUCUUCAUUCCUGAGUUCAGAGUGACGGCUCUGUUGGCCUAUGGUCUCCUUGUGGCUUGCUGUGCAGUGGGGAUUAAAGGAUUGGGCGUGGUCCUUGGCCAUCUGGGCCUGUCAUUGGCUGUUGCCCAGCUGUGUAACCCUGCCCUGUCAUGGAGCUGUGCCCUGCUGCUACUUUCCACCCUCCACAUCCCCCCACUGCAGGAGAUACAGAGAAGCUGGUACCAGACAGAAGAGGAGUACUACCUCUUACUCUUCAGUGUGGCAGUGUGUGGCCUGCGCUUCAUCAGCUUCAGCCUGGAGCACUGCUGGCGCCCCCUGGAGGCUGGAGGACUGCAGCAGCAGGUCUACUGGCUGACCGCUUACUCCUUCUACCAUCCUUUGUUCUUCAACGGACCCAUCCUCACCUUCAAGGACUUCCUCCAACAGAUGCAGGUACCUGUGAAGGAUCGUGGUGCUAGGAUUACGUUCCUCUCGCUGCUGGCCAAUGCUGGCAGGAUCUGUGUGUGGUGGCUUAUAGCAGAGUACAUGAUACACCUGAUGUACAUGCACACUAUACAGGCGAACGAAACAUAUCUGGAGAUCCUGCCACCUUGGGCCUUGGGUGGGCUGGCCCUGGCAUUAGUCCAGUUCUUCUAUGUGAAGUACCUGGUUCUGUUUGGUGUUCCGUCUCUGCUAGCUGGACUGGAUGGGCUGGCCCCCCCGAAGCUACCACGCUGUGUCAGCAUUAUGCACAGUUUCACAGGAAUGUGGAGACACUUUGAUGUCGGGCUGUAUCACUGGCUCAUCAGGUACAUUUACAUCCCAUUAGGAGGUUCUCACCAUGGGCUGCUGUGGAAGAUGCUGUCCACGGCUCUGGCAUUUGGCUUUGUAUGUUUCUGGCAUGGAGGACAUGACUACCUACAGUACUGGGCUCUGAUGAACUGGGUCGGGGUGCUGGUGGAGAAUGGAGUGACCAUCCUCAUCUCUUCUCCCCUCGUCUAUCCAUCUAUUGAGCGCUGUAUCUCCCCAGCCAUGAGGAGGCGAUGUUUGGCUCUCAUCUCAGCCUUCUCCACAGCCAUGCUCAUUCUGUCCAACCUCAUCUUCCUUGGGGGAAAUCAUGUUGGCAGGAUCAUGUGGAAGAGGGUCUUUAUACAAGGUUGGUGUACAGUGGCUCCACCCAUGUUAGCCUUCCUCUAUUGCUUUGCCCAGAUCGGACUGGAGUGGGAACACAACCCACCCUAAAUCACCAACCCCACAGAGACUGUUGGAAGGGAGGCAGAACUCACCCUUAAACACCAUCACACAGUGCUGACUCUGCUAUUGGGAAGAACAACCCACCUUAAACCACCCCACAGUGGACUCGGAUAGCCUAACAGUUAAGAGCGUUAGGCCAGUAACCAAAAGGUUGCUGGUUCGAAUCCUGAGCUGACUAAGUGAAAAAUCUCUGUGCCCUUGAGUAAGGCACUUCAACCCUAAUUGACCCUGUAAGUCGCUCUGGAUAAGAGCGUCUGCUAAAUUACUUAAAUGUAAGUGGACUCUGCCAUGUGGCGAGAACAACCCACUGUAACCACCCCAUAGUGCACUCUGCCAUGUGGGGAGAGCAAACCUGUCCUUUACUACCCACCCACAGUGGGGACUAUCAAUGAGACCUGCUGAGGAAAACACUGGACACAUGUACGUAUGUGACUAUAAGAAAGUGACCUACAGUAUAAGAAACCAGUCUGCCAAACUACCCGUACCUAUGAGAACUGCUGCUUAAUACUUGGGUGCAUAGAGUAAAACACAUGUAUGGAAAAACAAUGGAUGCUGUUCAGUUGUAAUUUGUUGAUAACCUAUGAGUGAGGCUUGCAGUAUCCAACCUUGGAUGUUUUGGAUCUGUUUAACCCCAAAAUCAGCGUUAUACAUCUCCUGGAAUGGAAUGGCUGAAAGCACCUCAGUAUAUUCCAUUGACUGCGCUAAUCCUGUAUCUGUCUCAUAGCACUAAAGGGAUCAGCAGAUCUGUGUCAGUUUAAGUAACAUGUAGGGUCAGGGGGGGGGGACCCUGCUAAUUAGACUAGCCUAACACUACUCUGAAAGGGAUUUAGGUCACAUCCAAAGAUGGCAUCCUAUUCCCUAGCUAGUGCACUACUUUUUACCAGGGGCAAUAGGGCUCAGGUCAAAUGUAGUGCACCAUAUAGGGAUCUAUUUGAGACGUGCUUAAAUGGGUCUUAUGACAUCCCGAGAAUCCAAAAAUCCAGUCAAGAAGAGAAUACGAUCUGCAGCAUUAAAUCUUAAACAGUUUAUGAUAAGAAACCCGCCACACAAGCCUUUUCGUGACGGAUUACAAGUAUAGCAAUAAUUUCAUCACACGUAAAGGUUGCUUCAAAGGGUGCCCCAUGUUAGUGUUAGUCAUGUAGGCUGUUCUUACUAAUAAUGUGCUUGUAUCAAGGCAGUUCGUCACCCAGUGAGCCGGCCCUAAUAUUUAGGUUGGCAGUGACUGACCUCGGUUCUACAUAGGCCAUUGUGUGUUCCUCCGUCACUGGAUCCCUCACUCCCCUUUUUCUCUUUCACUUUGUUUCUAUUUCUCUCUGUGUCCGACUGAGUCUCUCUUUUCUCUCUAUAUGGAUAUCUGUAUCUUUCUCUAUCCAUCUCUGUCAGGGAUGAGGGCCCGGUGUCGUGUUAAUUUGAUGUUAAUGUGAUGUUUUUAUACAUAGCGUUCAGUAAAUAUUCUGCUCCUUCAGGAGGCAGCCAGGCCACGCAGGUGUUAUCCAGCUAGAUUCAACCCCUUGUCUGUCUCUUACCUAACAUGAUUGGCUGGAAUGGAAUAAAUGGAACGGUAUCAAACAUAAGUAAACCACGUGUUUAACGCCGUUCCAUUCCGGCCAUUACAAUGAGUCUGUCCUCUAUGGCUCCUCCCACCAGCCUCCUCUGCCAUCACUGUACUAUACGUGUGAGAUGAUGCAUGUACAAGGGUUUGUUCUUCUACUGUUGAUGAUGAUAGGAGACUGUCCUGUAUCUUAUCAUUGUUAUUAUGGUGGCUUCACCUAUUGACAUGGAACUUUGUCUACUUACAUUUUUGCCCCUAUCGAAUAAAUAGUUAUUUCUUCAACAUCACACAAUUGUGUUUGAAAUGAC